AUGUCGGCGCCUCAAUGCACUUUUGUAUUCGGUUUAAUUGUGCGGGGCGCGCGCGGGGUGGGGUGGGAGGGGAGGGGUGGCGGGGAGGAGAGGAGAGCAGGGAUUGAGGGCGAGCGAUCAGCGCUCCUCGCGGCCACUCCAGCGUCACGCUCCGCCGCAUGGAACGCGGCAAAUUACGAGGCUAAACCUCCACCCCGCCGCUUUGUGCCGGGCGUCGCAAAAGGCGGGAGGGGGUUGAGGGUGAGAAGGGGGAGGAGAGGAGAUUGUGAGUGGAUGCGGCAAGGAAGACGCGGAGAUAGUGCGGGAGAGGUGAAGGACAAAGUGGAGUUGAUGGAAGGUUGCGGAGACGAGCGGCGGCGAAGGUCCCGAGAAGAUGCACGGCCAAGGUCGACGACGACGACGGCGGCGGCGGCGGCGGCGGCGGCGGCGGCGGCGGCGGGGAGGGCAACGGGAGGGGAAGCGGUGCGGUGCAUCCUUUUGUGCAGGGCGCAGCCUCUCGCCGCCUCUUCCCCCUCCACCUUCCCCGCCGCCGCGGCGCCCCCUGCGGCGCAGCUGCCGCUUCCCGCGGCGCGGACAAAAGACGCGCGGCACGCGCCCGCGGCCUAA